UGUCGCUUGUUUUCACGGACAACAUUCUAACAACUAUGCAUCGAUUGAGCCAUCUUCGUUGCUGCCGAACACUUGUUCGUCGCCCCCAGCUUGUUUCUCGGCGAUUCAACGGCACCGACGCUAGUGCUAACAACAGCAGCGAAUUUACGUCUAAAUUGAUCACGUACAACCACCCUACUGCACCACUCGCCACAUUUAACAAGCGAUUAGCCGAGAAGCUGCGAUACCGUUCUAGCCCUAAGCGAUUGUUAAAAGACAUCCUUGCCAUUGCCGACGAAAUCAAGUCCAAAGGUCUUAAAUACGAUCUAAACACAUAUAAUGCCUUGUUAGCAGCAUACAUGCGUGCGCGUGACAGCAAUGGUGUAUUGUCGACCCUGUACGAUAUGAAGGAAAACAGUGUGCAGCCUAGUUUGGAAAGCUACAACACUAUGCUCGAGGCUUUUGGUAUCACAGGUCAAUUGACAAGUCAAGCUGAAGUUGUUGAAGACAUGAAGCAAAACAACGUUGCUUUGUCUAUCGCAUCAUACACACAGCUGUUACGCGGUGCUUGUACCACCAAUGCAGUCGAACACGCCCUCGAUAUCCUGGAAGCGAUGAAAGCAGGGGGAGUCGCACCCAACGCUGCAUGCUAUACCAUGGUGAUCGGCUCUUGCUUGGAAGUGCACGAUUCCGAAGCUGCGUUCGCUCUACUCAAAGAAGCCGAGGAAACGGGUAUGGUUGCUGUGAGUGACCCUCGCAUGUACCUGGAUGUCAUGCGCACGACAGCAUACAACGACGCAUAUGAACAAACAGAAUAUUGCUGGCACAAGGCUGUCAACUCAUAUGGUAUGCGUCCUGAUGAAGGUACCUGCUUGAGCGUUUUGCGUGUCGCUGCCAAGUCCGGCGAUGCCAAGCUCGCCACGGAUGUCAUUCGUCAGCUCUCCACCAGCGGUUUCCCGUACAAGGAACACUACUUUUCCCCACUAAUGGAAGCGUUUGUCUUCAAAAAGGAUCUUAAGAGCGCAUUCAAUGUGCUUGAUAUCAUGCGUGUCUCGGGUGUUGCACCUACCUCGCGAACAACACUGCCAAUCCGCCGCAUGUUGUACGGCAAUAUUGAGGCGAUCGAUGAGGCUUACUAUCUGCUCGAGGAACUGGUCAAGGAGGGACGAAACGUGGAUGUUACGGCGUUCAAUGUUGUUGUGGAGGCGUGCGCUGAAGCCAAGGAUUUGCAACGCACGGUCGCAACGUAUCGUGAGGCCAAGAGUUUGGGCGUUAUUCCCGAUGUGGAUACCUACAAUGCUGUUCUCGAAUCAUGCAUUCAGACUUCCAACAAGGGCAUGGGCAACGUUGUCAUUAAUGAAAUGAAGACUGCCAACAUUAUGCCUAAUGUCGACACAUACACCAAGAUGAUUGCCUUGUCUUGCACACAGAGGAACUACGAAGAUGCUUUCACGUACCUCGAAGAAAUGAAGGGCUAUGGCGUAAUCCCACCUCAGUCUUGCUAUAAUAUCCUGACAAGAAAGCUGGCAGCUGCAGGAGAUCCACGGUUCCAUAUGGCAUUGGAAGAAAUGGAGACUUUUGGCUACGCUGUAACAGCCCGUACAAGAGCUUUGUGGAAGUAGAAGAAGAAACACUAAAAACAGAUCAAAUGAGUGUAUAUAUAUAACAACAAAAAGUAUAUAGAAUAGUAUUAUUUUUUCUUUCCCAAUCCCACAUACACGAACAAACGAAUCCAUUCAUGCACACACUCAUCCUCUCUCUCUCUCGUUGUCCCUUGUUAGAUACUUUGUAGUCAUUUCUAGUUCUGUUUUUUUAUAUAAAAAGUAACCGACUCUUAACAUAAUAGCGGAGGGUAGUCGUCACCCGGAGUGGGAUCGUUGGUCCUAUAUUCCAG